AUGUUGGGUUUGGAGGCUCCCAUUCUGGUAACCGGAGCAGCGGGCAGAGUUGGGGGUGUUGGAGGGCGUGUGGUGGAAUUACUGAGAGCUGCUAAUCUGCCAGUUCGAGCACAUGUACGGCAGGAUGACGACAGAGCAGAUCAAUUGCGUUCUCUGGGUGCAGAGGUCGUCGUAGCCAAUCUAUUGAAAUCAGAAGAGGUGCUUCCGAUUCUCCAAGGCUGUCGGAAAAUCUUUUUCUGUACCAGCGUCUCUGCCGAUUAUCUAGAGGCAACGGUGGUGAUGGCUGCGGCGGCAAGAGCUACAAGUGAGAUCGAACUCCUUGUCAAUAUGUCUCAAAUGACAGUUGCAGAGAUGGAUCUUACCCAUACAACGGACUCGCAUCAGCACAAGUUGCAAUGGUUGAGCGAGCAAGCACUGAACUGGUCUGGUGUGCCAGUGACGCAUCUUCGACCAACUGUGUUCCAGGAAAACGCGCUCUUCUGGCAAAUACCUGCUUCCAGCAUUAAGCAGUCUGGGAUUAUAAGAAUGCCCUUUGGGCGAGGCCGUGUCUCUCCCAUAGCUGCCAAUGACGUUGCCGAGGUUGCCGUGAAAAUUCUGCUUAAUCCAAGCCAUUAUGUCGGCCAAAGCGUGGAGCUGACUGGGCCAAAGUCAGUCGACAUGUUUGAGCUCGCCAAAGAGUAUUCGACUGCAACUGAGAGCUUAGUUGAAUACAUACCAACUGAGUUCGACGUUUGGACUGAGGAGGUGUUGAAAGCUGAGGUAUUACCAACACAUGUGUAUAACCAUAUUUUGACUAUGGUUAAACUCGUCGCAGCCGGGCGUUAUGAUAGAUAUACGGAUUCGGUUGAAACAAUUCUUGGUCGUCCGGCAGCGUCUAUCUCAUCAACUAUACACCGGGAUCCUAGCCGGUUCCUGAAAUUCUGA